GAAAUUGGAAUUUCAUCAAUCAUCAAAUGAUGUCAUCGAAUGAUCGAAUGAUCAUUGUCAUUGGGCAUAUUUACAGUAGCUGGCACAUUUGAACGUUAAGGUUAAGCUAGCUAUAUUCAACUGCUACAAAAAUGCCAGUUCAUACUAACUUCAAUCGUUUCAAAGAGCCUCGUGGGUUUAUAAAGGUUAUACAAUUUGUUAUUGCCAUACUUGCAUUUUCAACAACAGCAGGCUAUAAUGGUGAAGGCACUGCAACCAUUUCCGUGCAUGGGACCAAAUGUGAAGUGAAAGGAGAAUUUAGCUAUUCAUUCGAUAAGAUUGAUGUGUCUUACGCAUGCGAAGGAUCUACUAACACUACAAAGAAAGAAGAAGAUCUUUCCUCAGUUUUAAAAAGUUCAUCAGAAUUUUUUGUCUUUGUUGGUGUUGUGACUUUUCUUUACUGUAUUGUUGCAAUGGUUUACUAUGUAUGCUUUGAGGAUCCAGCCAAAUAUGGACCUGGUGGCACAGGAAGAGAUAUAAUGUCAUUUGCUACAGUGGAUUUGGCUAUUACCAUAAUCCUGACUUUGUUCUGGUUUUGUGGUUCGACUGCAUGGGCUAGUGGUGUCCAAAAACUUAAAGAUGAAACAGAUAUUGAGGACCAAUGUGAUGACUGUAAAGUUACAGACAAACCUAAUUAUGCUGGUUUAAUAAUAUCUGUUCUUUUUGGUUUCCUGUGCUUUUUCUUGUGGGGUGCAAAUAUUUGGUUUGUGUUCAAAGAAACGAUCUGGCACAAAGAGCCUGAAGCUACCAUUACAGCAGAAAAACCUCAGGUCGAAAUUCCACGUCAAGAAGUACCAGGAGAAGCUGUGCCUUGAGGACCAAACUGUAGUUAGGGUCUCUAGUCUAUUUCAUUUACAAUUAAUAACCUACGUAUACUUCAGGUCAUCCUUUCUCUAGGAAGCAAGCAGGGCCCGUAUUAACUUUUCUGUUAAUCUAUUUUAUGUUAUCCAGGCUGUGCACAGGCCAGUUUUCUGUGGUAUUUUAAAUGUUAGUUUGGGAUGUUUUCAUCUUGUCAGAUAGUCCGUGAAAGUCUUGUUUUACGUGGUAUUACGUCUGUGCACAGCUUUUUUGUGUGGGAUUCCAUCCAGAUUUACUUCGCACAGACUGAACGACAGUAGGAUAUUUUCAUUUAACACAUGCACAUAUAUACCGUACAGUUGCUUUAGUAUAGAUCAAGUCAGUAGGACCGUAACUUUACAUAACUUCACUUAAAAUUUAAGGCGGGGGGAGCAGAAAUGUAUAACUUAUACAUUAUCUGCUGUAAUCAAGGGGAUGGCGUUAGAGACUGUUGUCAGUUGAUCCGGCAUUGAACUAUAAGUAACGGUAAGGCCAAGGGAAUAAUUCCCUUCUGUGGUUGAACGUUUUUCCGAAUAUCUACCCAUAUGCAUUUCUAUAUGGGAAUGAAAUUGUUACCAGAUUAGUACAAGUCCCAAAUAACUUGUCUGUGACAACAUCUUUAUGAAAUUAUGAAGUUACGAUUCCCUAUGGUACUAGUGAAGUAUUUUUGCACGAUUAAUGCUUAAAUUUGAUUACUCACGAAAUAUAAGGUAAAUAUAAACUGAUGAUGU